GUCACUGUAUGCGCCGUACGUGACGUAGUCGUCCGUCCUGUGUGCUGACGUAGACGUAAUUUGUGUUUGUAUGUGGCCAGGGAGUGGGGGUAUCAGGAGUCGGAACCGAGAAGAUAAGUUACCAUGGUCUGAAAAUUGGAAAGGUGAAGAGUGGCAGGGAUGGCGGUGUGUGCGCUGACCAUGCUGGACGGAGUGGGCGAUGAAGUCACAGUGGCAGGUGGGGCCGUCCUGCUGGCCCUGGCACUGAUCCUAGCCUGGCUCUCCACCCACGUGGCUGAGCGUGGGGACCACAUCCUGGGCACCAUUUUGACAGCGGGGGCCCACGUGUCGCUCAUCGGGCUGGGGGGCGGAGACGCGUACAUCGGGGGGCCCUCUGGCCCUGACGCGUCCGAGCCGCCGCCGGCCUCCCGUCCCCAGGAAGACAAGCCCGACGACGAGGACCCAGAUGCGGGUGAGGCCGCGGGGGAAGGGGAGGGUGCGUCCGGGGCCAACGUCGACCAGCUGCUGAACAUCCAGGGCCUCCGGAAAAGGGCCGCAGGGGCCGGCAGCAAGCCACGCCCCUCGCCGGCCGACAAGCCCGAGGAAGAGGAGGAGGAGGAGGAGAAUGAGGAAGGAGAGGCGGACCGAAGCCCCAAGCAGGUGACCGCCAUCACUGUCCGUCUCAAGUUCAUCAAUGACACGGAGGAGCUGGCUGUGCUCAGGCCCCAGGACACCGUGGGCCUCCUGAAGAGCAAGUAUUUCUCUGGCCAGGAGCGGCAGAUCAAGCUCAUCUUCCAGGGGCAGCUCCUCCAGGACCCCGGUCGAACGCUGGUCUCGCUCAACAUCACCCACAACAGCGUCAUCCACUGCCACGUCUCCCAGUCACUCCGGGAGGGCGGGGCGGAGGGGGUGCCCCGCCCGGUCCCGGGGGCGGCCCAGGCAGAGCCCGGGGGGGUGGGUGUGGGCGGCAGUGCUGGGGGGGUGGGCCUGGCGCUCAACACGGGCAGCCUGGUGGUGCCCGUCUUCGUGGUGAUGCUGGCCGUGGUCUGGUACUUCCGCAUCAACUACCGGCAGUUUUUCACCGCUCCGGCCACCAUCUCGCUGGUGGGCGUCACCAUCUUCUUCAGCUUCCUGAUCUUUGGGAUGUACAGCCGGUGAGACAAGGAAAGGGGGCUGAGGUAGAGCAGCGAGAGCGUAUAAUGAAGUAGCUGUCCUUUUGGCUUUUACUGCAGUCGGUGCUAGCAAGGAGAGCAUGUGGUGCUCGUAUCAGGCUCGCGUGAGUGAGUCUGUGAAUGGGUGAAGGAGAGUGAGUGAGUCAGUGAAUGGGUGAAGGAGAGUGGGUGAGUGAGUCAGUGAAUGGGUGAAGGAGGGUGGCUGAGUGAGUCAAUGAAUGGGUGAAGGAGAGUGGGUGAGUGAGUCAGUGAAUGGAUGAAGGAGAGUGGUGAGAGUGAAUGGGUGAAGGAGGGUGGCUGAGUGAGUCAAUGAAUGGGUGAAGGAGAGUGGGUGCGUGAGUCAGUGAAUGGGUGAAGGAGAGUGGUGAGUGAGUGCUUGGGUGAAGGAGGAUGGCUGAGUGAGUCCAUGAAAGGGUGAAGGAGAGUGAGUGAAGGAGAGUUGAUAUCAAUAUGAUAUGUAGCAAUGCAUGGGCGUUAAUGGAAGAGGGUAUAUACAAAGCUAGGAUCAGGGCUAAUGUUUUGCCUGUUAGGAAAGAAAAAAACAAGUAUAUAAGUGUCAAACUUUUACGCUGAACGAAUUCAACAGGGUUAUGAUGCAGAGGUCUGUUUUGGGCUGAUUUUAUACAAUUGCACGAGUCGUCAUCAUUUCACGCCAGUGUGAUAAUCACGCAGAGUGAAGUGUUGCCUUUGAUCCCUUCCUGCAAAGUCAUCUCACUCUAAAAAGCAUAGAUCUUCCUUGUACUAUUAUUGCAAAAAAGAAGGACUUGAUCAAAUUGAAGGAAAUAAGUGUAUUUUCUCUGUCUGUCAACCCCCCGCCCCCCCACCCACCUCCCCUCUGUACACGAAGCUUUUCCGAGAACAGCAUUUCCAAACAAUAGUGUGGAAAUGUGAACCAUGUGUUUCAAGUUUAGGCUAGCCUUGCAGCGUUUCCAGGCCGCUCUAGUGAGCUAAGAACCGCUCCUUGCCCCACAUGUUUUAUAUUAUUCCCCACUUUUGAACGAGGGUGUGGUGCAUGGAACGGCACUAGUAUGCAGUGUCUUAUCAUUUCAUAUCGUGUCCUCGGUUCUCAUCCCGUGUCAUUUUGUCAUUUUUACGGAGCGCAACUGCUCUCUCGGCAUCUUCUCCAAUCUGGUUCCUAUCACCGGGCACGGCAAGGACAGACUGUUCCGAAAUCCACAUGAAUACAACUGGAAGAACAGCGUCUUAGGAUGAAGUGUAUCACAUGUUGCACUUAUCACGGUAUCACUAAUUCCUAUAUACUAUACUAAAUGACGUUUACUGAUAUCUAAGAAGGGGGGGGGGGGUGUACAUAACACAAAAAUAGCAUCUCUGAAGCCAAACCCCCCUCCCUUUUUUGGCUGUUUCACGUCCCCCGUCCCAGAGCGUUGAAAUGGUUGCCCGGAGAAACUGAAAGUGCACCUAUUCAUUCAGGUGACUGACGAUGCACCCGUGGUCUGAUCAGAGAUUAGCGCCCUGCAUUAAGCGCAGCACUGUUGUUCGGUAGUCUAAGCUGGCUUGCUUGGAGGUUCAUAGCUCUACGGCUAUUUUUACUGUUAGGUUUAAGAAUAGGCCAUGAGGUGUCCAGGUCGGAACAUUGCUUCUGUAGAGGUACUACGGUCAUAACUUUGUUCUUAAAUUAAUGUUUAAGGUGUGAUUUCUGCUCCAAGCACUCUUGUUUCUAUGCCUAAAUAUGCCAGCAUAAUUAAAAAAUCAUUUGAAAUGAAUGUGUACUGUAUAAUAAUAAAAAAAAAAGCUUGUUUUAAAGACAAGCCUGUAUGUAAAUAAACAAGAUGAAAUUUACUGUACAUAGUUGAGCGUAUGGACCGGAUGAAAUUGCAUUUGGCACUUGGGGGUUGUGUGUGGUAAGAAGAAUGUGGGUGUGAGAGUUCAUCAUGUAUAUGUCUUUAGGCUCUGCUUCAUUUUUAAGGAGAUCCUUUUCCUCUCCGACUCCAGUGCUGUUGUGAAAUGGAUGUUUUGCACUUUGCCGUUUAGUGUCGUUUGGAUUAAAGGUUCUCAAGCCAAUUAGCUCUA